UUCUGACACCUGUGAUAUAUGCAAAGGCCUCAAAUGUGCAAGCAAAAUCUGCAGCAGUUUCCUAUGAGAAAUAGAUAAAGAUGUCAAAGAGCUGGAUCCGCCGUGGCUUCAACAGGGUAGCUCGAAUUGUAGGCAGAGCUGCUGACCCAAAGAAGGAGAACUUUCCUGUGUUAGAAGGCCACCCCGUUGCCCAGCAACAUGCAGAAGUAGCUGUUGAGACCCAUGACACAGUCAGAAAGAAAGACCAAGUGCUGAAGGAGUUCAAGAUCUAUAGAUGGAGCCCUGACCAUCUCAACAACAAGCCCUACCUUCACUCUUACUUUGUGGACCUCUCCAACUGCGGUCCUAUGGUUUUGGAUGCAUUGCAGAAGAUAAAAGCAGAGGAUGAUUCAAGCCUGAGUUAUAGGAGGUCUUGCAGGGAAGGGAUAUGUGGGUCAUGCUCCAUGAACAUUGAUGGGACAAAUACUGUGGCCUGCCUCAGGCCCAUAAAUGCAGACACUUCCAAACCCACUACUAUAACCCCUCUGCCUCACAUGUUUGUGAUCAAAGAUCUGGUUGUUGACCUCACCAAUUUCUACCAGCAGUACAAGUUGAUUGAGCCAUGGCUGAAGACGACGAAGCCACCAAAGGAUGGCCGAGAGUACAGGCAAUCACCCUCAGACAGGAUAAAGCUUGAUGGGCUUUAUGAGUGUAUACUUUGUGCUUGUUGUACUACCUCCUGCCCUUCCUACUGGUGGAAUCCAGAGGAGUUCCUUGGACCAGCGGAUUUGCUCCAUGCUUAUCGAUGGAUUGCCGAUAGCCGGGAUGAGUUCACAGAGCCACGAUUGCAGGCAUUGACAGAUGACCACACGAGGUUAUAUAGAUGCAGGACUAUAAAGAAUUGCACAGCCACUUGCCCCAAAAGCCUCAAUCCUGCGGAUGCCAUUAACAAAAUGAAGACCAGGCACCUCGUCUCAACCAGUCGAAAGGGUUGAGGACCAAGGAUAUGUUGUGUCAGGCAGACAAAUUGGUUGAGAGCUUUUAAACUUGUAUAUCCUGGGCUCAUAGACAUUGGAGAAUAUGGAGAUGCAAGUCCAGUAAAUGUAUGACUCUAUAACUGAAAGGACCAUGUAGUUUGUUUCCAACAAAGAACCAUAUAUAAAAAAAUGGAAGUGCUUCACACAAGAAGUAUUAAUUUGAAAAAAGGUACUGGAGAUUUUUGAAUACGAAUAUUUAGGAAUCAAAAGUGCCACAUAUGUGCAAUAUAGUGGACAGAUUUUUCAACUACUCAACAUCCUAAUCUUGUAUUUUUAAUACAAGC